AUUCUUUUAAAUUAAUUUGUGUGUUGUGACAGGUGGCAGAGGUACUGUCCCGUGAUAAGGUCCGGCACUCCAUCAACGGCUGGUUCCACGGACCUAACAUUGAGAGACCGCCCAAGUACAUCACACCUUCCAGAGCCUUUGAUGUUCCUUUGCAUAUUGAGGAGGAUGAACUGUACUCAUGGAUCAACCCCACCUACCUGGAUAUGGACGUCCAGAGAGAAAUACGCCACAAGUUUCGUACAGACUCGGAGGUUGAACUUGAGUCGUUCCUCGCUGAAAAUAAAUACCAAGAACUGGCAGAGGCACUCAAAAGUAGUGAUUUAAUAUGGCAGUGUACUGGUCCUGCCAACAAGCAGAACUUUGAGGUACUGAAACUUGAUAAGGUACCAGAUAUAAUCAAUAGCUGCCUAAAUUUCUUGAGGUCAGAAGCUGUCUUCUUAGUAGUCUCCCAGCUGACUGGACUUAAGCUUCAUAAACUUGCUCCCCCAGACUCUGAACCAGACUCAGAUGAAGAGGAUGGUAAAGAGAGUUGUCCCCGGGUAAGCAUAGACAUACGUCAGUGGCGGCACGGGUGUUACACACUGCUUAGAGACGACAACUUGGAGGACAGGUGCUCUUUAGAUGCCAACCUGUUUGUCAACAUCUCGGACAAGUGGUCCCAAGAAUAUGGUGGAUUUAUUUCCUAUAUUGCCAAAGAUGAAGACACAGAGCUGUUGACUGUGGUGCCAAGACCCAACCGUUUUGCUCUCGUCUACCGGGAUGCUGAGACUCUCAGGUUCACCAAGCAUAUCAACGCCAGUGUGUGUGAACUGGGAGAGAGAGACAGCUCCUACAACAAUUUUGCUUGUGUUUAUUAUGAGUGAAAUGUACUGAGUUUAACAUUAAAGUGUGCAACUUUA